AUGUUCUGCUUAAAAUGUAAAGUUGCUUUUUAGCUGGUGGGUCAAACGGGUAUAUAUACUACAGGAAGCUGUUCAAGUUAAUUUCUGCCAUUUUUAAAUCAGAAAUAAUGGCUACCCUUUGUGUAAAACGUAGAAAAAUACUCUACGUUAAAGGUUAUGGGGGUUUCUUUGGAUCAAUUAAUAGUCAAAGUAAUCAAAACGAGGGAAAGGUUCGAACAGCUUUUAAAGAUUGGUUCAACGUUUCAGAUGAGGAUAUUAUAAUUCAAUCGAACCGCGGCCAGAUUAGAUUGGCUUUUAGAAGAGCAAGCCUGACUGUUCCAGACAAAAUGAUUGUUGAUCUGAGAAAACACAUUAAUGAAGCUAUGGACCUAUGCGACUGUGACAAAAUACAUCUUAUAAUUAUCGCCCACAGUCACGGAGCAAAAUGUAUUAUGGAUACUUUCCACAACUUGGGAGUUCCGCCAAUUCAAGUAACCAAAAUAUAUCAAUCGACGGCAAUUAUUACAUUUGGACCGACCGAUUUGGUGACAAAAUCCACAGCGAAAGUUACAGGAAACUUUUACUUUAAAAACGACUCGAUGGUGGAUCAGUUUCGCAAAAAAUGGACCACACAUGAUUGUAACGUUACGCAGCUGGGGGAGUUUAAAAGGUUAACAGAAGACACCUUUGAAUGCUCAUGCUGUCACCAUAGGACACCAGAAGCUGAUGCACAACAUGAAGAAGAGGGUACAAUUAGAACGCCGUGCGAAAUGGUUCCAAAUGCAGUCAAUGCACCAGUGCAAAAGGUGGCCGCUGUGGGGGCAGCUGGUAUUGCAGUAGCAGCUGUUGUUGGAACUGCUGUGGGAGCGGCGGCAGGUCCUGGUACCGCUGUAGCACUCGUUGUAGGUUCCCUUGUCAAUGCAGUACGAAAAGAGUAUCGGAAUAUAAAGGCACAUUUUAUGGGGGACUACAUUUCCUGCAGAAGCUUGCAGUUUAAAAUAAGACAGAUGUUUGGAUUGUAACUGGUGCGAUGUUACACAGUACAUUUAAAAGGACCUGUCAAUUUUGGGUUAUAAAGUAUGAAUUGUUCCUAAAGCUGGAAUUUGCUGUGUCAUAUAAAACAGUUUGCUCUCACUUAUGCUUCUAUGAGAAUUGGCUGUGUUCUGGGCACAGAUUUAAAUAUUAAGUUGUCCAAACAUAAUAAUGCAGAACUUUGC